ACGUUCGCAUUCCGAAUCGAUGAAUUUUUCUCUCUUUUUUUUUCUGAGAUAUAUAUAUAAUACGGAACUCUGCUGUGUCUCCGAUUCACUUCUCUGUUUCUUUUUUUGCCAUCCGAUCUGAUCUGUGAUUUGUAUUUUCCCCUUCGCUUCUUGUUUGCGAUCGAUCUGAAGAACUGUUCGUCCGUACCAGAGUGCCACCGGAAGAUCUUCGAUUACAGGGUUGUCCAUUCACGAUGCUUAAAUUAAAGCUAUUAUGGAAAUGGAGUGUGGAUUCACCUCUCAGAAAAGGAAGAUGGCCCAGAUUUUCGUUCAGGUGGUUGCGAUUCUGUGCUUGGGUUGGUGGUGGUGGGCUACAACGGUGGACGCGGAGUAUUUGAAAUACAAAGAUCCGAAACAACCAGUUGCUGUUCGAGUUAUGGACCUUCUUGGCCGAAUGACUCUGGAGGAGAAAAUCGGUCAAAUGGUCCAGAUUGACAGGAGCGUUGCCAAUGUUACAGUUAUGAAAGAUUAUUCCAUUGGAAGUGUGCUAAGUGGCGGGGGAAGUGUGCCGCUUCCUGAUGCUCGUGCUGAAGAUUGGGUGAACAUGAUAAAUGAAUUCCAGAAGGGCUCUCUUUCUAGUCGAUUGGGCAUCCCAAUGAUGUAUGGCAUUGAUGCUGUUCAUGGCCAUAACAACGUUUACAAUGCUACCGUAUUUCCUCAUAAUGUUGGACUUGGAGCAACCAGAAAUCCUGACCUAGUUCGAAGGAUUGGUGCUGCAACAGCACUUGAAGUUAGAGCUACGGGGAUUUCUUUUGCCUUUGCUCCAUGCAUUGCGGUAUGUAGGGACCCGAGGUGGGGGCGAUGUUAUGAAAGCUACAGCGAGGAUCCAAAAAUUGUGCAAGAGAUGACAGAGAUUAUUCCUGGUCUGCAAGGAGAACCUCCUGCUAAUUAUCGGAAGGGGAUUCCAUAUGUUGGCGGAACAAAGAAGGUUAUCGCCUGUGCAAAGCACUUUGUGGGAGAUGGUGGGACAACUAAUGGCAUCAAUGAGAACAAUACAGUUAUUGACUGGCAUGGACUGCUCAGCAUUCACAUGCCUGCCUACUAUGAUUCGAUCAUCAAGGGCGUUUCAUCGGUAAUGAUUUCCUAUUCCAGUUGGAAUGGGGUAAAGAUGCAUGCAAACCAUGAGCUCAUUACUGGCUUCCUCAAGGGCACCCUUAAAUUUAAGGGUUUUGUCAUCUCAGAUUGGGAGGGCCUGGACAGAAUUACUUCUCCGCCACAUUCUAACUACACCUACUCUGUCCAAGCUGCAAUUUUAGCUGGCAUUGACAUGGUCAUGGUUCCUUACAAGUAUACAGAAUUCAUUGAUGAUCUUACGCAUCUAGUGCAGAGCAAUGUCAUCCCAAUGGAUCGCAUUGAUGAUGCUGCUGGGAGAAUUUUAUCGGUCAAGUUUUCAAUGGGUCUUUUUGAGAACCCCAUGGGAGAUUACAGCCUUGUCAAUGAGCUCGGGAGCCAGGAACAUAGGGACUUGGCAAGAGAAGCUGUGAGGCAGUCGCUGGUGCUGCUGAAGAAUGGGAAAAACGAUAGCCAACCGGUGCUACCCCUUCCAAAGAAGGCCCCUAAGAUCCUGGUUGCUGGUACUCAUGUUGAUAAUUUAGGAUAUCAAUGUGGUGGAUGGACAAUCGCAUGGCAAGGGUUCAGUGGCAACAAUGGUACAAGAGGAACCAGCAUUCUUGCUGCCAUCAAAUCAACAGUCGACCCGAGCACAGAGGUCGUAUUCAGUGAGGAUCCCGACAGCAACUUUGUCAAGUCUAAUGACUUCUCAUAUGCCAUUGUUGUCGUUGGCGAAAUGCCGUAUGCCGAGAGUGUAGGAGAUAGUACUACGCUCACCAUGUUGGAUCCUGGUCCAAACACCAUAAAAAAUGUUUGUGAUUCUGUAAAGUGUGUGGUGGUAGUCGUUUCUGGAAGGCCAAUUGUGAUGGAACCAUACAUUUCAUCUAUUGAUGCUCUUGUAGCAGCUUGGUUACCAGGCACCGAGGGCCUAGGAGUCACUGAUUGCCUCUAUGGAGACCAUGGGUUCAGUGGGAAGCUUCCAAGAACAUGGUUUAAAUCCGUUGAUCAACUACCAAUGAAUGUAGGAGAUCCACACUAUGAUCCACUUUUUCCUUUCGGGUUCGGACUCGGAACUGACUCGGUCAAGGACCUCGUCGCAAGGUCUACAUCGUCGGGAAUUCGUGGAACUGCAUCCGUUAUUGCAACAAUCAUCGUUGCUGCACUCGCCAUUUGUAUAUUGCAGGCAACAGCCCUACUUAACUUCUCAAAUCAACAUCGGAGAAAUCUAAUAAUUUCAUCGGAGACCUUCGAAAACAGAGAAGAAAAACUCUAAGCAACAUUCAAAUAUUCAAAUCUGUUAUUUGUUACAGAGCAUAGCAAUUUCUAGAAAAGAAAAGGCACAAUAGCUUUAAGAUGGGGAGGGAAAU